AUGGUACGAGCCGAGACAGAGGAAGGUCGGAGACGCCGACCAGAGGGGAAUCCAAGUAGAUUGAGGGGCUCGGACAAGGGAAAAUUACAGAAGACAGAUCGACCUCUGCUCCUUUGUUUCUUGUUCAUCUUCCACCACCACCACUUCUUCUUCUCCACCUCCUUUCUCGUCGCUGCUGCUGUCAAGAACAACGACAACCCCAUCAUCGUCUCUCUUCCCUCCAGACUACAGCUGGCGGUCAUGUCAUCUUCUUCCUUCGCCGGCGAAUUUGAGGCAAAAGUGCCCGUCUCUCCGGCGAGGCCUGGUUCUUCUCGCCACGCACUUCCUCCGCCCGCCGAUGUCUCCAGCGGCCUUCGGGUCAGCUCGUACUCGGACUCCUAUGCCGUCGACAGCUCCUCUAGGCGAAGCGGUGCAAACGACACUGUGAAGGUGAAUGCGAAGGGAAAGCGAUGGUCCCGCGACCGAGAGAACUAUUUGGCCGACGACAGUGAUGCUCUUCCACUUCCUAUGACGUUUCCUUAUUCAUCUCCGGUAUUGCAGGACGAGAUCGAUCGUCGGCUCCUUUGCGACCCGCAAGUUGAGGACUGUAACGAAAUGGUUUACGAAUGGACUGGAAAAUGUCAGAGUUGCCAAGGAUCAGGAUUUGUCAGUUAUUACAAUAAAAAGGGGAAGAAAAGUGUCUGCAAAUGCAUACCAUGUCUUGGAAUUGUGUGGACGGCGCAGUGGGUUCGGAUCGACAUUCCUCCAGGCUUCUCGACCCCGCUUGACAAUUGGUGCCCAGCGUGGACACGGGAGCUCGACAUUAUAUGCUGACAGUAUGCUCCAGUCCCCGCCUCUAGCUGGCUGCGCUUGAAGCCAUUCUGAACAAGCAAGCGCAGUUCGAACAAAUGCUGCGCCGAUCUCGACCAGAUGAUGCAGGUGGCUCCUCUCUUU